AUGAGCGAGUUUCCUUUACAACAAAACGAUGAUCUGUCGUUUCAGGACCCUUCAGUUUUCGAUCAAGACUUGGGAAUUCUUGAAGAUCUGCUUGUAGAUAAAGAUUUACCAGGGAUGGACAAUUAUAAUCUUACCAUUCCUACAUGUUCAAAAAAGAUGAAAAGAAAACCCUUUUCAGGUAAUCAAGGAAAGGAGCUGGAUGGGGUUAGUGCUGAAAACAAGAGCAGGAAAGUUCUGCAUAGAGAUUUUGAAAGGCAAAGAAGGCAAGAAAUGAAAAAGCUGUAUGCUUCACUUCGAUCACUUCUUCCUCUUGAAUAUAUCAAGGGGAAGCGUGCAGUGUCUGAUCACAUGUUCGAGGCUGUGAAUUACAUAAAAGAUAUGCAGAAAAAUAUCAAAGAACUGAGCUUGAGGAGAGACAAGCUAAAGAAAUUGUAUACUUCAGGCUCCAUUUGUGGUGAAGAUGGAAGUUCGAACAGUAAUUUAUUAACUAAUUGUGUGACAGUGAGUCCCUGCCGAGAGGGGUUCGAGAUUUUGAUAAACAGCAGCUCUAAAGAGGGAACGGUUCCUCUAUCAAGAGUGCUUGUGGAAUUGGUUUUGAGGAGGCUCAAUGUGGUAAGCUCUGUUUCUACAAGAACAAAUGAUCAAAGGUUCCUCCAUAGAAUUGAGGCCAUGGCUGGUGAUCUCACGUGCAUUGAUCUACUGGCGCUGAAUACGAUACUGUUUAAUCUGAUUAACCUUCGUUAA